GCAGUAUCCUCGAGCCCCACAACCAUGGACAGAAUGACUAGGGAGCGACCCCUGACCAGACAAGAGAAGGUGAAGAUUGUGAGCAGUCUCUUGAAGCAGGCCCUGCCUGAUGAAUUCUGCGAGGCCUUCAGUGAUCUGCGCCUGCUGGUGGGUGACGACAGCCUGAUGUGCCAGGAAGCUGCCUCCCUCUGUGCCCUGCACAACAAGCUCUACUUCACCCCGGUCAUGAGGAAGGAGUGUGAGGUGCUGCUGACCCGCCACAACGAGCUGGAGGAAAAACACUUCCUUGACUCCCAGAGACAGGUCUCUUUCAAAUUUGACCACAUGAGGAAAGAGGCAAGCGAGUUUCAGGCUCACCCACAGGAAGAUGAGAAAGGUGAGGCAUGGAGAAGGGCCCUCUAUGAGGGCCUGAAAGCAUACGUCAGCAGCCACUAUACUGGGGGGAUUUGCAGUGUCUUCAUCAAGGAUACAGCGAUCCGGAAAAUUCUCAUCGCCUGCAUUGCAGGUCGUCUGCACCGGCCCUCCGCCUUCUGGAACGGCCUGUGGAAAUCAGAGUGGACUUUCACCCUGACUCCCACUUCCACUUCCACCCAGGUGGCCGGGACCAUCAUGGUCCAGGCUCACUACUUUGAGGACGGCAACAUCCACUUGACAGUGUGCAAGGAUGUGGCAGAGAGUCUUCCUGUCACCACUGAGAUCCAGACCUCCCAGGACUUUGUGAAACUGCUGGAGCAUGCAGACAACCAAUUUCAGGAUGGGCUGAUGGAAGAAUACCAGAGGAUGAGCAAUACCUACUUGAAGGCUUUCCGAAGACAGCUGCCCAUCACCCACAGCACGAUUGACUGGGAGAAAAUAGCGACAGCUAAGAUAGUGGCAGCACCUGCUGUCCAAUGAAAGGCCAGUUUGUAUGGGAUAUCUGAAUAAAGUGUUCAGGGAAGGGAGAAAGUACUAAAUACCCAAUAAAAUAAAUAGAGAAAAGAAAAAAUGAAAAAAAAAUCAGAGAAAAUGAAGGUCAGGAAGAGUUCUGUGGUGUCAGGAGAUGGGGCACUCUCCUGGGAGGUUGGGAGAUCCAAGUGGAGGUGUUCUGCUGACCAGUGCUAAGCACAGGUUAAGCGCUCACACAGAUCAAUAAGCAGUCACAUUGUGUAUCAGCUUGUUGUUAAAGUGGAGGGAGUUCCAAGAAGAGCAAGCAAAUUGAUGAGUAGGCUGUAGGGAGAGUGUGAUUUAAUGAUAGAGGGCAGGUGCUGUCCAGUGCUCUGUCUCCCCACCUCUCAGGCCUCUUCAGUACAUCAGACCAUAGUUAUAUAGUACACCCAUUCUUGGGGACUAGCUUAUUAGCAUAUCAUAACUUA